AUGGUGCUUUCAUUAUUUGUGAAGAAAGGAUGGUGUUCAUUAGCAUUCCUGGUGGUAAUACUGGUUACAAUUGUAUGUGAAGCUACCUCUACCUCACAUAAGACGUUCGAGUUACAGUCCUGCAAUGGUAGUGUUGGCGAAUGCCGCGUGGAUGAAGAGCUGGAGCUUCCAAUGGAUCCAGAAAUAAGUAGAAGGCUACUUGCCGGGAAUGGGAGAGGAGUGACUACAAUGACCAUUAAUCCAGGUGCACUCUUAGGCGCAAAUUGUGACAGAAAUUAUGGAAGUUGCCUUCCUGAUGCAAACGGAAAAGUCAAUAAUAGGUGCCAACCUUACCAGAAGUGUCGCCUAGGCGGUUCCUAG